UAAAAGCUAAACGUAUUUGAAAACUUUUCCGGUUUACGUUCGAUUUUAAGCCGCCGACGUCAUAGUUAGUGUCAGUCGCCGCCGACAUUAAUAUAUGUCGGCGCAGUGCGUUGAAGAAGAAGACACUGAAAUUGCAGAAAGAUGUCGUUUGCCACAAAAAUUUGUGCCCCAUUAAUUCACAAUGGCUUUAAACAAUUAGUCGCUCCUGUGGCUAACACAACUGCACGUAAUUUUCACAUGAUGAUUAAACCUUUGCCGAAAAACAUUACGACGGAAACAUCAUUAACCCAAAACCCAAUUGCUAGUAGCGUGCUAUCUCCAAUAUCCGUAGUUGGCAGUCUACAACGUUUGCUCGCUCCCGUCUCCUCUUUAAUUAACCAGGUUGCUGGUUUUAAGGUUAAGGGUCGUCUAAAGCGUCGUUGUAAAGAUUGCUAUAUCGUUGUACGCCAACAGAGGCAUUAUGUCAUAUGUCCAACACAUCCGCGCCACAAGCAAAUGUCAAUGAAGAAACGGGAAUAUAAAUCAUGGAUUCUUACUCAUGCCACACAAUCGAAAGUAAGGCCCUAUUAAAUUGUUAAAAAUUAUUUUCAAAAUAAAAAAAUAUUCUUGUUAAUA